UCCCUCAGGCCCGGAGACCGGCUCCCACAGGAGGCGCCCGGCGGUAGCAGCGGCGGCGCGGGGCAGCGUCACGAGCUCUGACUUGCGUUGACUUACUCUGUUAUGCUGUGAUGUCACAGCUUCCGUGAAACUGCUUUGGGACAUGCUGGACUAUAAGAGACCAGGUACGAAAGAACCUAAAAAAUCUAGAUAACGUGGCAGCAGUUUUCUCAAACUCUUAGCUACGAGCUUUAAAAAUGAAUGCAUUUCGAAAAGGCUAAAAGAAACACAGGAAGAUAAUGGGGAAUUCAUAUGCAGGGCAACUGAAAUCUGCCCGCUUUGAAGAAGCUCUUCACAACUCUAUAGAAGCCUCUCUGAGAUGUAGCAGUGUUGUCCCACGGCCAAUCUUCUCACAGCUCUACCUGGACCCUGAUCAGCCUCCUUUCUUGCCGGAAGAUGUAAAACCAAAGGUGGAAGAACUGGACAAAGAGUUGGUGCAUCGUUACUCGCAGAAUGGAACCCUGGAUUUUUCUAAUAACCAAACUGUUAAUGAAAUGGAAGAUGAAGAGGAAGAUGAAGACAUGUCAGAUUCAAGUAGUCCACCAAUCCCAUAUUCGCAAAAACCUGCCCCAGAAGGGUCUUGCACUACUGAUGGUUUUUGUCAAGCAGGCAAGGAUUUGCGGUUAGUAUCCCUGUGUAUGGAACAAAUUGAUAUCCCAGCAGGCUUCCUGUUGGUAGGAGCCAAGUCUCCAAAUCUUCCUGAGCACAUUCUAGUGUGUGCUGUUGACAAGCGGUUUUUGCCAGAUGAUCAUGGAAAAAAUGCACUUUUAGGGUUUUCUGGGAAUUGUAUAGGCUGUGGAGAAAGAGGAUUCCGGUACUUCACAGAGUUUUCCAACCACAUAAAUCUGAAACUAACCACUCAGCCAAAGAAGCAGAAGCACUUAAAGUACUAUCUAGUAAGAAGCUCCCAAGGUGUACUAUCAAAGGGACCCCUUAUUUGUUGGAAAGAAUGUAGAAGCAGGCAAUCAUCUGCUGCUAGCCAUUCUGCUAAACCAAAUUCUUCGGUGUCACCAUCCACAACCCCGGAGGGUGGAUCAGCCAAUGGAUACAAAUCAGGGUUCACUCAGACAGAUUCCUCUGUAUUUAGUCCAACAAAAUCCUCUUCUGCCAUUAAUUUAAGUGGAACUCAAGAUCCGUCCCGGAACAAGAACAUAGUGAAACCACUGGCUUUGUCUGUGCAGCUUGUAGGAAAGACUUUUGCUACAGCUCCCCCGUCACUACGUGCCUCUGAUGUUGCUAAUGGAAACAGCAGUGGAGGAAGGAAUAAUGUUAUGAGCUCUACACUCUCUCGGCCUAUACCUCAUUCAACUUCCCCCAGCCCUGGUUGUGCUGCUGGAGACCAGGCGUCAAUGUCCAGUUCUGGACCACCAAAGAAACGACACAGGGGAUGGUCUCCUGGGUCACCAGUGCCCCCUCCUGGUUUAGUUGUACCUGUACCUACAAUUCGGCCUCUAGCAAGGACAGAGCCCCUUUUGUCAGUCCCAGUUCCUCAAUCAAUGUUAACUGGAAUUUUACAGCCUCAACCCAUCCCUGCAGGGGAGACUGUAAUAGUUCCUGAAAACCUGCUGAAUAACUCAGGAGUCAGACCAGUGAUUCUGAUAGGUUAUGGCACUUUACCCUAUUUCUAUGGAAAUGUUGGGGACAUUGUAGUAAGUCCCUUGCUGGUAAAUUGUUACAAGAGUCCACAGCUAGAGAACAAGGAUUUGGAUCUUUUGGGUUUGACUGGCAGUCAGUUACUAACUGUGGAGAACAUGAUUCUUUUAACUAUCCAGUAUCUCGUCCGGCUAGGUCCUGACCAGAUACCACUCAGGGAAGAGUUUGAACAGAUCAUGCUGAAAGCUAUGCAGGAGUUCACACUGAGAGAGCACUCCUUGCAAAUGAGCACUCAGUGUGUCUCAGUGUCACCAGGUCAGCUCCCUUGGCUUGCUAGGUUAAUUGCCAGUGUAUCUCGGGACAUGGUGCAUGUGGUGAUUACCCAGAAUUCUUUGGCUGAAGGUAUUUCGGAGACUCUGAGAUCCCUCAAUGAAAUGAAACAUCAGCAAAAACUACCAGAUUAUGUUGUUGCAAUUUGCGCAUCCAAGAUUAGAGGAAAUGAGUUCUGUGUGGUAGUUUUAGGUCAAUAUCAGUCUAGAGCCCUAGCAGAGAGUAUGCUUACAACCAGUGAAUUCUUAAAAGAGAUCAGUUAUGAGCUCAUCACAGGAAAAGUUAGUUUCCUGGCAUCGCAUUUCAAAAAUACAUCUUUGGGUGAUGAUUUGGACAAGUUGCUAGAGAAAAUGCAGCAUCAGCGAGGAGACAGUGUUGUAAUCCCUUUUAAUGGAGACGUUAAUGAAUGUUUAUCAUCUCAGGAGGCAGCUGCCAUGGUUUCAGGACAAGAACCAGAUUUGGAUGUUGACACUUUCCAGAUUUACCAGCCACAGCUUACUGUUGCCAGAAAGCUCUUGUCCCAAGUCUGUGCUAUAGCAGACAGUGGCAAUCAAAGUCUGGAUCUGGGCCACUUUAGUAAAGUAGACUUCAUCAUUGUAGUUCCUCGUUCAGAGGUCCUGGUCCAGCAGACUCUUCAACGGAUUCGACAAUCAGGUGUUCUUGUAGACUUGGGCCUUGAAGACAAUGGGACAGCCUAUCAGAGAGCAGAGAAAUACGUAGUGCGCCUUGACAAUGAGCUCCAAGCUAAGUUUGAAAUUUUUAUGAGACGGGUAAAGCAGAAUCCAUACACACUGUUUGUGCUGGUUCACGACAAUGCUCAUGUGGAUUUAACAAGUGCCAUCUCAAGUUCACUAUCACAUGGGGAACCCAGUCAUGGAUUGGCAGAUAGAGUUAUAAAUUGCAGAGAGGUUCUUGAGGCUUUCAAUCUCCUUGUUCUUCAGGUCAGCUCUUUUCCCUACACUCUACAAACGCAGCAGUCCAGGAUAAGCUCUAACAAUGAGGUACACUGGAUACAAUUGGACAAUACAGACGAUGUGGGCAGUGAAGAAAAGCUAUAUUUUGGCUUAACUGAAUAUAGCAAAUCUCUACAAUGGGGAAUCACAAGCCCCCUGCUGAGAUGUGAUGAAACAUUUGAAAAAAUGGUGAACACACUCUUGGAAAGGUACCCCAGGCUGCAUAGCAUGGUGAUUCGUUGCUACCUUCUCAUUCAGCAGUAUUCACAAGCUUUGAUCGCCCUCACAACCAUGGCUUCACUUAGAGACCACAGUACACCUGAGACCCUCAGCAUCAUGGAUGAUCUCAUCACUUCACCAGGAAAGGAUAAAAAUGGUUGUGGCCACAUGCUUAUUAUUAGAGUUCCCUCCUUGCAGCUGGCAAUGUUGGCAAAAGAGAGAUUGCAAGAAGUGCGAGACAAAUUGGGUCUGCAGUAUCGUUUUGAGAUCCUUCUUGGGAAUCCUGCUUCGGAGCUCUUGGUUGCCAAGCACUUUGUGACACGGUUAAAGGCUUGGAGAGGCAGUGAACAGGAUGACUGGGUUCCUCAUACCUACCAGGAUUUAGAAGGUCUACCUUGCAUUGUUAUCCUAACUGGCAAAGACCCUCUAGGAGAAACUUUCCCCAGGUCAUUGAAAUACUGUGACCUACGACUAAUUGACUCAAGCUUUUUAACUCGCACUGCCUUAGAGCAAGAAGUGGGCCUGGCAUGCUGCUAUGUCUCAAAAGAGGCAAUUCGAGGGCCUAUUGUAGCUCUUGACCUUAGUGAGAAGGAGCAUGAAAAGGCUAAUGUUAGUGAAAAUGACUCUGAUGAACUGCUGAUCGACUUGGAGAGACCCCAGAGUAAUAGCAGUGCAGUUACUGGAACAUCAGGUUCUUUAGCUGAAAAUGGUGUGAGCUCCUCCAGUGCUGCAGACAAGUCUCAGAAACAACCAGCAUCCCUUAACUUUCAGCAUGUAGCCCAUAGUUCAGUGGAUGAAGGAACUUACCCUGGCUUUACAUCUGGGGAGACUCUGAAACAAGAAUGCGACUCUCUGGGCAACCAGAUGGCAAGCAGCACCACUUCUAAGUUCUCGUCCUCAUCCUCUGCAUCCCAGACAUUUCGGUGGCCCAGCCAGUCUGCCAAGGAGGGCAAGACUCUACGUGCUGCACUGCCGCGCAUCGUCAUAUUGUCUAAAGCUGCCUAUUGUCUCCUUAGCUCACAGAAAAAUGGGCACUUGCCUUCCUCCUCUUCUCUUUUGCCUCAUGCUGACGUGUCUUGGCUGAACUCUUUGAGGUCUGUGCUUCACAAGGACAUGAAUAGUGAUGAGCAGUCUCUCUACUACAGGCAGUGGACCACAGCCAGGCAACAUCAUGCAGAUUACAGCAAUCAGGGUGAAACUGCUGGUUCCAGGAAUUUCCACCCACGACGACUGCUUCUGACAGGACCCCCUCAGGUGGGAAAGACUGGCUCAUACUUGCAGUUCCUCAGGAUUCUCUUUCGCAUGCUGAUCAGGUUACUGGAGGUUGAUGUAUAUGAUGAAGAAGAAAUUAACUGCGAUCAUGCAGAAAGUAGUGAAGUCACUCAGUCUAACAAUGAUCACUGGCCUGAUAUUGAAAUCUUCAGUAAAAUGACCUUUGACCUGAGUGUGCAUGACCCCAAAUACAGUUCCAUAAGUCCAGUGUAUACAGAACAACUAUCAAGAGUAAAACAAGAAAACAAUAAAGAAACUAAAAUUGAGGAGCCCAGAAAAAGAGAGACAGUGUCCAUGAUGUUGACCAAAUAUGCAGCUUACAAUACAUUUCAUCACUGUGAACAGUGCCAUCAGUACAUGGAUAUUAAUCCUACUGCACAGAUAUCUGACUCCACCUUGCAUGCUUUCACAUUUUCAUCUUCAAUGUUAGGAGAAGAGGUUCAACUUCAUUUUAUAAUCCCCAAGUCCAAGGAGAACCAUUUUGUCUUCAGCAAGCAGGGAAAGCAUCUGGAAAGCAUGCGUCUCCCUCUUGUAUCUGACAAGAAUCUGAAUGCAGUAAAGAGUCCCAUCUUCACUCCUUCCAGUGGUCGCCAUGAACAUGGCCUCUUGAACCUUUACCAUGCUAUGGAAGGCAUCAAUCACCUUCACCUCCUAGUGGUCAAGGAGUAUGAAAUGCCACUCUACCGUAAAUACUGGCCCAAUCAUAUCAUGCUAGUCCUGCCAGGCAUGUUCAACAAUGCUGGAGUAGGUGCUGCCCGAUUCCUUAUUAAGGAACUUUCCUACCACAAUCUAGAAUUGGAAAGAAACCGCUUAGAAGAACUAGGAGUUAAACGGCAAUGUGUCUGGCCGUUUAUUGUUGUCAUGGAUGACUCGUGUGUCUUAUGGAAUAUGCAUGGUGUCCAAGAACAGUCCAGCCAGUCCAUGGAGCCAGGGGCGACCAGUAAGAAUGUAUCUUUGAAGAGUGUUCUACAGCACAUUGAAGCCACACCAAAAAUUGUUCAUUACGCAAUCCUGGGUAUUCAGAAAUGGAACAGCAAGUUGAAUUCCAGGAAAUCAAAAGCUCCAUUCUCCAGGUGCCAUGUGCAUGACUUCAUACUGCUCAACAUAGACCUGACCCAGAAUGUGCAAUAUGAUCUAAACAGGUACUUCUGUGAAGAUGUAGAUUUCAACCUGAGAACAAACAGCAGUGGCCUGCUUAUCUGCCGCUUUAACAACUUCAGUGUCAUGAAGAAACACAUUCAAGUUGGAGGGCAAAAGGACUUUGUCAUUAAGCCAAAAAUUAUGGUAUCUGAAAGCCUGGCUCCAAUAAUGCCUCUGCAGUACAUCUGUGCUCCAGACAGUGAACAUACACUUCUGGCUGCCCCAGCUCAGUUCCUUCUGGAGAAAUUCCUUCAGCAUGCAACUUACAAACUCUUCCCAAAGGCGAUCCAUAAUUUCAAGAACCCUGUACUGGCCAUUGACUGCUACCUGAACAUUGGAGCCGAGGUGGCCAUAUGCUAUGUCAGUUCCCGCCCGCACUCUGUCAAUGUCAACUGUGAGGGGGUGUUUUUCAGUGGACUGCUGUUGUACCUCUGUGACUCUUUUGUAGGUGCAGACCUUCUUAAGAAGUUCAGAUUCCUGAAAGGUGCCACCUUGUGCGUCAUAUGCCAAGACAGAAGCUCGUUACGUCAAACAAUAGUCCGUUUAGAGUUGGAAGAUGAGUGGCAGUUCCGUCUCAGAGAUGAGUUUCAAACUGCCAACAGCAGCGAUGACAAACCACUCUAUUUUCUGACUGGGCGUCACAUUUAAAUCGGAGAGGAGACCAAGUAACAAAGGGAAAAAGAACUUGACAGUUUGGUUUUUUGUUUGUUUGUUUUGUUCUUUUAAAGUACAAUCACUGUGGAGCAAAGUGCAACCAUUAUUUAUCUAGACUACUCUAAAGGAUUCCCCAAAAAAUUAAACUAGAUUUAUUUUUAGGUAUAAACUUAUCACUUUGGUUAUGAUUAAAGGAUCUUGGAGUUGAGAUGAUUCCUCAUCAAUUGAUAUAUGUGACUAACAAUACAGCAUAUAUUAGCUAUGUUCUGUGAUUACAGGAGUAGGACAUAUUUUGUUUAAUCAAGAGGGGUUUUUUUGUACUAUGCUAAGCUAGGGGAAAAACUGCCUUCAGCAUCCACUAGCCUGAAUGUUACAUGACUCUCACUAGUCGUGUGGAAUUCAUUGAAGAUAACAUGCUGAGGAGAGCCCUCCAUUUCUCUUCAGAUCUGUACUUUAGUACAGUAAUACUCAGGGGUUUGAAAUUACAAAGUAACUUAGAUAUUUGUAUUAAAAGGAAUAGUCUUGUUCUCUCUGUGCAGUGUUAGUUUAAGAUUUGUAAUUGUAUAUGUAUUGAAACUCUUUGGCAAAUUUUCCACAGGAGUUAAAGUUUACUACUUAAACCCGAACAAAUCAGUAAAUGCAUGGCAGGUAUUGUACACGCAGGUUCUCUACAUUAUUUCACCUCUUUAACAGUCUGCUCUGUAGGUAGAAUAACUGGCUACUAUAAUGA